GGUAGAGGUUUGUAAAUACAGUUAGAAGUGUCUUGACCCCGCUGCUAUCAGUAUUUUGACCAAUGGCUGAAAUAUAUCAGUAUCAACUACACAUGUUCUCGACAUUCGUCCGGACAUUUGAAAACAUGAAGGUCUGCUUUUUGGCAUUGGCUCUUUUUGGGUGUAUUGCCCUUGUGUGGUCGGAAAACUGUGAUACAGUGGCUGACUGUACCGAAACCCUAUGUCUUCAUCUAGACCAUCACAUCACAUGUGACUGGCCGCAAGAGUGCAACAACGGCAUAUGUCAUGGCUGGUGCUCAUGUGGAACACCUAGAGAGUGUGGCGUCACUGGUGAUUGUAGAGGAACUAUUGACUGUCAAGACCACCAGAAGGCACCACAUUGUAUUGAGGGCCGAUGCAAAUGCAUCUCAAUAGACUAACAAAUAGAUAUUCAAUAUCGUAAUUGAAUUAUGUUGUUUCGAGGUCGAAAUAAAACAGGCCAGAACACAA